AUGCAUUCUGCAGUGGCUCUCUCCUGUAUCGUAAUGGCAGCUGUAUUGGCCCUAGUAGUCUGCCAUCCCACUGCCGACAUGGUCUGCAUCAUAGCAAAAACCUCUGUGAGCAGAAUCAAGAGGAUCAAAGAAGAGUAUUUUCAGAUGUCCCCAGAUAUUGACUUUGACCGUGACCAUGACACACCUAUUCAGGGAUUGACCUCCAUUCUGACACAUCUUGGCAACCUGCAGGUGAGGCUCAAGGUUUACCCAGCCCACUACCUGAGGCAGCUCCAGCUGGAUCUGGAGGUUAUGAUCACUUACCUGGAGAGUUUGGCUGUGUCUCUAAGAUGCUCCCUGCCCAAGCCUAUGACUAUCCUGCACAAGCAUGACACGACCUUUCCCAUCACUUCCAGCUACUUGUGUCUGCUGGAACUCCAGAGUUACAUGGAGAGAUUUUGCCUCAACCUGGAUAAGUUACACUAUUGCUAAGAAUCAAACCUAGCCACACACAUGUGAAACUUCAGAAAUGCUCAAGCAUGCAAACACACCACACAGGAUUAGUUCUCUAAAUUGUGAAUUUAGACUGCUCAGUCUUUUUAAUGCCUUUUGCUUUAUACGUUACAUUCUCAACUUCCUUCUGAUAUUUUAGAUUUGAAAAAUAUCACAGUGCUUACAUAUGAACUAUUGCAUUACUUGCCUUUUGUGGCUAUUUUAAAUGUGUUUUUAAUUAGGGAUUUUUAAAGGGUUUCUCAACUCUGUUUUGCCUAAUAUUUGUCUGUUUGUUCACAGUAUAAAUGAACUUUAAUUGUUUAAAACGUUUUAGCGCUAUAAUUUAACUGAACAAUUUUUAAUG